GCGAGGAUAUGUCCUACGUCAAAUCCUUGGUUUCCCAGUCUCACAAUAAUCGCGUUCAGCUCGCAGACGCUCAGAACGGUCCUGCUCCAAGCCAGAGAACCGGGGAUAGUUUCUCAGCACUGGUGAACUUUGCUGAAAAUACUGAUGUUUGCCGACAUGUUGUGUGUCUCGCUCUGCUAUGAUGGAAAUUGUCUCACGAUUGAAAAAAAGCUGAUAUGUAGAUAUUUCGGUGAGGAUAUCAGUUCGGAUGCGGACAAGGAUUAUUGUCAUUCCAUGUGCGAUGUAUGCAAGUAUCCCAGAGAGACACGGCAGCGAAAGUAUAAACUUACACCUCACGAGGACGCCGGACGUAUUGCCAAUGAAUGGCAAAAAAGAAACUCGCGUACGUCGUCAAGUGACGACGUUUCAGCUUCCAAUACCGCAUGGAAAAGACCUAAUUCGUUCUCUGGCACAAGUAACUUUGAGCCAAAAGCUAAAAAGCCUAAAUCCCAAAUAUAUGCUUCCAUGCUAACUCUGCUUCAGUGCUAAACAAACCGUUUAAGACUCCAUUCAAGUCUAUCCCUCCUUCGAUACAACAUCAUGACGUCCCUAAAGAGAUUGAGGACACUGAACAUGAGACGGAGGAGGUACCGGGGACACCUAUCAAUGCUCAGGAGAGUUCGAGUUCAGUGCCCACUAUACACUACC